CCUCUCAUCUGCCAUUUGCCCUUCCAGACGGGAUUGUAAACCGAGAGAGUUCAGGAAGGCUGUGCGAAAGCAGAAGGAAUUUCCUCUCUUCGGGGUUUGGCUUUUUUUUUUUUUUUUACCCCCCUUUUAUUUUUUCUCCCGCCGGCUCGAACCGUGUCUUGCCCAGGUAUGCCUGCCUCACUGCAGCACCUUGUGCUGGUGCUCCUGCUCUCCAGUGCCACCCUGCUGCUCGGCACUGCGGCUGCUACACAGAAUGAAGAGCGGCUGUGUGCAUUUAAAGACCCAUAUCAGCAGGACCAUGGCAUCAGUGAGAGCCGCAUCUCCCAGGAGAAUGGCACCAUUUUGUGCAUGAAAGGUAGUACCUGCUAUGGACUUUGGGAAAAAACACGAGAAGGAGACAUACAUCUUGUAAAACAAGGUUGCUGGUCUCAUAUAGGAGACCCACAGGAGUGUCACUUUGAAGAGUGCAUAGUUACAACCACCCCGUCCUUGAUUCAGAAUGGAACAUACCGCUUCUGCUGCUGUAGUACGGACUUGUGUAAUGUCAACUUCACAGAAAACUUCCCACCUCCUGACCCUACUGAUACAACACCUUACAAUUCUUCUCAUUCUUUUCAUCGAGAUGAGACCAUUGUUAUUGCCCUGGCAUCUGUGUCUGUACUGGCUGUUCUGAUAGCUGCUCUGUUCUUUGGAUACAGGAUGCUUGCAGGAGACCGUAAACAAGGUUUGCACAGUAUGAACAUGAUGGAGGCAGCAGCAUCAGAGCCCUCACUGGAUCUGGAUAAUCUAAAGUUGUUAGAGUUGAUUGGCCGGGGGCGAUAUGGAGCAGUGUACAAAGGUUCCCUAGAUGAACGUCCAGUUGCUGUGAAAGUAUUUUCUUUUGCCAAUCGUCAGAACUUUGUCAAUGAGAGGAACAUUUACAGGAUUCCACUGAUGGAACACGAGAACAUCGCCCGCUUCAUUGUGGGGGAUGAGAGAUUCACUGCAGACGGCCGGAUGGAGUAUUUAUUGGUGAUGGAAUAUUACCCCAAUGGUUCUUUGUGCAAAUAUUUGAGUCUCCACACAAGUGACUGGGUGAGCUCCUGUCGUUUGGCUCACUCCAUAACUCGGGGCUUGGCGUACCUGCACACGGAGCUGCCUCGAGGAGACCAUUACAAACCUGCAAUAUCCCAUCGUGACUUGAACAGCCGCAAUGUGCUGGUGAAGAAUGAUGGAACGUGUGUCAUCAGUGAUUUUGGGCUCUCCAUGAAGUUAACUGGCAACAGACUGGUACGACCCGGUGAGGAAGACAACGCUGCCAUUAGUGAGGUCGGUACGAUCCGCUACAUGGCCCCAGAAGUGCUUGAAGGAGCAGUGAACUUGAGGGACUGUGAAUCUGCUUUGAAACAAGUAGAUAUGUAUGCGCUGGGCCUGAUCUACUGGGAGAUCUUCAUGAGAUGCACAGACCUCUUCCCAGGGGAAUCUGUGCCAGAGUACCAGAUGGCUUUCCAGACUGAAGUCGGAAACCAUCCCACUUUUGAAGAUAUGCAAGUCUUGGUGUCUAGAGAGAAGCAAAGACCAAAAUUCCCUGAAGCAUGGAAGGAGAACAGCCUGGCUGUGAGGUCACUUAAAGAAACAAUUGAAGACUGUUGGGAUCAAGAUGCAGAAGCUCGACUAACAGCACAGUGUGCUGAGGAGAGAAUGGCAGAGCUCAUGAUGAUCUGGGAGAGGAAUAAAUCAGUUAGCCCAACAGUCAAUCCUAUGUCAACUGCCAUGCAAAAUGAGAGGAAUCUGUCGCAUCAUAGACGUGUAUCAAAGAUAAGGCCAUAUCCAGAUUAUUCUUCCUCUUCCUACAUUGAAGAUUCAAUCCACCACACUGACAGCAUAGUAAAGAACAUUUCUUCUGAACAUUCAAUGUCCACUACACCAUUGACUUCAGGGGAGAAGAAUAGAAACUCCAUUAACUAUGAGCGGCAGCAAGCACAAGCUCGCAUCCCUAGUCCCGAGACAAGUGUCACCAGUUUGUCCACCACCAAUACAACUGGCCUCACUCCCAGCACUGGCAUGACCACCAUAUCCGAAAUGCCUUACUCGGAUGAGACAAACUUACACACUACAAAUGUCAUGCAGCCGGGUGGGCCCACCCCCGUUUGUCUGCAGCUAACAGAGGAGGACUUGGAGACAAAUAAACUGGAUCCAAAAGAAGUGGAUAAGAACCUGAAAGAAAGCUCUGAUGAGAAUCUGAUGGAACAUUCACUUAAGCAGUUUAGUGGGCCAGAUCCACUGAGCAGCACUAGUUCCAGCUUGCUUUAUCCACUGAUAAAACUUGCAGUAGAGGUGACAGGGCAGCAGGACUUCACACAAGCUACCAACGGUCAGGCGUGUUUGAUUCCGGAUGUCCCAUCUGCUCAGGUCUAUCCUCUACCCAAGCAACAGAACCUUCCGAAGAGGCCUACCAGCCUCCCUCUAAACACCAAAAAUUCAGCAAAGGAGCCACGGUUAAAAUUUGGUGGCAAGCACAAAUCAAACUUGAAGCAGGUGGAAACGGGCGUUGCCAAGAUGAACACUAUCAAUGCUGCAGAGCCUCACGUGGUGACGGUCACCAUGAAUGGAGUGGCCGGGAGGAGCCACGGCAUAAACUCUCACGCUGGCACAACGCAGUAUGCCAAUGGCACGGUGCCCUCUGGCCAGACCAGCAGCUCGGUAGCGCAGAGGGCCCAGGAAAUGCUUCAGAACCAGUUCAGUGGGGAGGACAGUCGGCUGAACAUCAACUCCAGUCCCGACGAGCACGAGCCCUUGCUGAGGCGGGAGCAGCAGGUUGGCCACGACGAAGGUGUUCUGGACCGCCUGGUGGACAGGAGGGAGCGACCGCUGGACAACGGCCGGACGAACGCCAACAACAACAACAGCAAUCCGUGUGCAGACACGGCUGCAGCCAGUGUCCAGAGUGUAGUGAGGAAUCCCGGCCAGACCCAGACCAGAAGAGCACAGAGGCCCAAUUCGCUGGAUCUGUCAGCCACAAGUAGUUUGGAUAGCAGUAGUAUGCAGUUAGGUGACUCCUCACAGGAUGGCAAAUCAGGCUCAGGAGAGAAGAUCAAGAAACGUGUGAAGACGCCGUACUCGCUGAAGCGGUGGCGUCCGUCCACGUGGGUCAUCUCCACGGAGCCGCUGCACUGCGAGGUCAACAACAACGGCAGCGAGCAGGCAGUGCCCCCCAAAUCCAGCACUGCUGUGUACCUUGCAGAGGGGGGCACUGCCACCACCAUGGUCUCUAAGGACGCAGGGGUGAACUGCCUGUGAAACGCUUCAAAAGCCAACCUUUGUUUUGCAUUAUUUGAAACAAACAUGCAGAAGACAUUUUAAAAAACUGCUUUCUCCUCCUGUCAGCAACCCCUACCAAGGACUCGCUUUAAAUAGAUUUCAGCUAUGCAGAAAAUUUUUAGCUUAUGCUUCCAUAUUUUUUUAUUUUGUUUUAUUUUUUGAACGUUUUUGCACUUUUAUUUAGUAUCGCUAAAGUUAAGUCUGUCUGUUUUGACCACGGAAUAUAUAUAUGUGUAUCAAAGAUGUGGUCUCAAAAUAUUUUUUUAAAAAAAGUAACAAAAAAAAGUAUUGCUGAUAAUCAGUUUGGACCAGUUUCUUAAGGUCACUAAGAACAUAAGCAGACUAUAAGACAGGUUUGACUGCAGUGGUGUCUUGUAACCAUGUUUUGAUUUCUGUGCAUAAGCUAGUCUGUAUAUUUCUAUGUUACAAAGUGUAUUCUCUUUUGAACCCCUUAUUUUCCUUGUGUCAUGUUGAAAUGUGCAAUAGUCUAUAGUUCACAGUAGGCUUUAUUGAAAAGUGUGUUUCUAAAACUACCACAUGUUCCCAUUUUUGUAUUUGUUAAUUUUUCCUUGACAGUUGAGCAGUCAGCCAGUCAUGACAGUGAACUUUGCACAUCGUAGCCAGCUUGAAGCAGCUGCCAAUAUCACAUUGUGCUCGGAGGUGACAGUGCAUGAAUUUUCCCCAACUUGAAAGGGCUUUAAAAAAGGAACAAAAAAAAAGAAUCUGAGCUCUGUACCUUUCUUUUGAUCCUCCCUAAUCAAAAUGUGUUUCCUUUAUAGUAGUAGAUGCCAGCCUGUGAAGCUGAGUAACAAAAUGUUGAACAAA